GACAGUCUGGUCGCCACACUGACCGCUGAUUUCUGUUGCUACAGCUGUUACUGCUGCUGCUGCUGUGCUACAGAUUGUGUUGGUGAAUCAUGAGGGCAACACUGAUGGCGGUGGUGGUGGUGGGGCUGACGCUGCUGGCGGGAGGCGGCCGCUGCCUGAGUGACUACAUGACUGGAGACGCGAUGGAAGUGAUGGUGGGCGAGCUGGAAAGUAGAGGAUUAAAGGACGACUUGAAUCCCUUGUAUUCCAAAGCCAUAAGACAUUGUACCUGCAUAAAGCUCGCCAAGAAAGACGCCUCCAGGGAGGAGACGUGUCAGUGUAUCGCAGAGGUCAGAGCAUGCGACGACAAGUACAGACCGACCAGCCACUCGCCUGGAAACGACUUUUCUGAGCGUUAUUUCAAUUGGAUAACCUGUGUGGGUGAAGAAAAAUUUCCCGCCGUACGCUACUGCUCCAGUUUCGUGUUCACUCAACCACUACCUAUGAUAUGUCAAGCCAAGGCACUGCACUGCGAGCCGAACGAUACCCCUGACCAUGUGGGCCUGCCUUAAUGCUUCCCUGGUUUACUGAAGGAUCUACGUACUCGUCAAACAUGCAUACACACGCUCACACGGACAAACAAACACACACACACACACACACACACACACACACACACACACACACACACACACACACACACACACAAGCCAUAACGUCCACGGGGGACAUAUAAUCAUUAUAUCCAAUAAACUUUUAAGCAUCUA